GGGAUGAUCUGAAUUCAUUCUUGAUAUGUUGUUCACAAUUUGCAGCUCAGUUAGAAGAAGCAGCUAAGGAAGAACGUCAUAUUUUGGAAUCUCUUUUUAAGUGGUUUCAGCUACAGGUCAAUCAGAUGGAGGAGAUAAGUAAAGAUCAAAAUUUUUUAGAAACAGAGUUUCCAGCACCUGACAAAACGGUCACUUUAAGCCUUGCACAAGUAGUAAAGCAGGUGCAAAAACUAGAAGAACUGAAAAAUCGUCUUAAACAAGAGUCUUUAUACUCCUUGAAAGCCUUGUUGUCUAAACCCAAGCAUAGUGAAAAUUUACCAGGAGCAUUACAAAGUUAUGAAACCAUACAGCAGAUAAUUGAAGAAUUCAUAAAAACCCACCCAACUAAAGAAUUUAUAGAUGUUUCUGCAACUGAUCCACAAACUGCUUGUUCACUGACUAACCGAUUGAAUGUCAUGUUGAAAAUGUUUGAAAAACAGUCACAUAUGUUGGAGAGGUAAGCUAUGAUUGAUCAAGGUUUGUUAGAAGAUAAAUACAAA